UGGCGAACUAUUUAACCCUUUUUCCUGGAAUAUAUAUAAGAUAUAUAUAUCUGAUAAAUUUCAUUUUCCAUAAAAUCGGGAGUUUAUGUAUAGAUAACUGAAUUUAGGUGGCAAAAAGCUAUCAGUCUGCAUUGUUCAAUGUUUCACUGCUAUCCAAUUAGUUUAUCUACUUACCUUAUAUUAAAAUAGAAUAAUAAAACAAAAUAAAAACAAACUUUCAAAAACCAUGUUUACAUCUUGUUGAAAUAAAUAAAUUGAAUAAGGAAAAUUAUUUUUUCAAAAAUACCGGGGAAAAGCUCAGAAUAACAAUUCGGUUAGUGCGGCCAGUAUCCGUAUAUCAUUCCGUCAAAAUGUUAUCUAUUCAACCAUAUCACUGAUAGCUUAACGUCAUGAUAAGAUUUGAGGGUGACAAUAACAAUAAUAACAACAACAAUAAUAGUACUACAUUGAGUGUUGUAUCAGAAGACAAUCAACCAUCGCCAACGGAAAAACUGACCAAAAACAACGCUUCUUCCAACAUUACCCAAUUCAAACAAUCCCCCCAGCGUCGCAGACAAACAAUAAGUAUCCUUGAAAUCAUCUGUGAUACCUUCUCUAUUCGUGGUGUUGCGCGGAUGCGUCGAGGUCCACCAUUUCUUCGUGGUCUCUGGUUCUGUUUUGUCCUCAUUAUGACUAUCGGUCUCCUACUGACAACAUAUCUCCUCGUUCAAGACUAUCUUAUCUAUGAUGUUUCUGAGAAUAUUAAUGUGAUCUAUGAUACAAGAUCACCAUUCCCUGCAUUAACCAUUUGUCACCAUCAUCCCUUCUCACAAAAUGCUUAUCAGCUAUGGCGUAAUGGACAGGUAAUGUCGCCUAGUGUGUUCAACAGGAAUAUGCGGAAUCUGACUCAUCAGUUUCUACUAGAGAAUGAUAUUAGCACCGCUGAAGCUUUAUAUCAGUAUGACAGCAUGUCAAUAUAUUAUCAAAAUUUACGGGUAAUUGACGCUUACAAUCUUGGCCAUGAUACAACCGCUUUUCUGAACUGUAUGCGUCGCGUGAAUCACACGAUUGAGAUUGAAGACAACUGUCUAAAUAUGGAGGGAUUUCAAAUCCGAAAGUUUAGUCACCAUACUUACUUUAACUGUCAUACUUUUGAGCCAAAAACAAAAAUGGAGGCGGAGGAUACGGAUAUCAUUGCGCUAAUCGUUAGUCUGGGGAAAGAUCUAAAUUAUUACAAUCAGGAACAGGCGUUUCUCACGGAUUUAUUCGAGAUGGCCAAGGGGUUGCGUGUUGUUGUCCACGAACCUGGGACCUAUCCAGAUCUGGAACGUGAAGGUCUUCAUGUGGAACCAGGAAAAUUGAAUGAAAUCAAUUACAAACCAGUCCUGUGGAAACUUUUAGACACUCCACAAAGACCAUGUAGACAGGAACACAUAGAUCGUGAUCCUGAACUGGCACGCAUCACAGAUCAUACUCUAGCAGAAUCUCUAAACUCUGAUUAUGCUUACGCAUAUCAUGAUCUGAAUGUUUCCUAUAGAUACACUCAACCCCAGUGUAUAUUAUUCCAUCAACAAGAGGAUAUAAUCAAAGAGUGUGGUUGUCAAUAUAUCUACCAUCCACGUCCACAAUUUCCGUCACCUGAUCUUCCCUAUUGUGGAUCGAUUAUGGAGAAUGGUAUCAAUGUGAUGGUGUUAAGUGAACGCGUCCAGUGUCUCACAUCUGGCCCUCUGAAGGCUACAGUUAGACAACAUUAUGAAAGAACAAUCUGUCUGCCAAGAUGUCAGUAUUACACUUAUGAGAGUACAAUCUCGGUGACAACAUGGAGAGCUGUUGACUGGCAACUUCACUGGCUUCGACAGUUGAACAGAGCUUUUAAAUCAAUGCAGCAUGAAGCAAAACAGCAUGGGGAAGAAUGGAAUAUUACAAACAGUUAUGGAUUUCAACGAUGGAAAGAAUAUUAUGAACAGGAUAAUCUGACAAAUAUCUCUUCAAAUGCGAUCAAUGAUCUCAAUUUAAAAGGCGAUAAUUUCGCUUAUGUGGUAUUGAAACGACGUGCUAGAGAUGUACGCGUCAGUCAACAAAAAUUAGUUCUAAGCAUCAGUGUCCUGUUGAGUCGUAUUGGUGGUUUGUGCUCUCUGAGUAUUGGACUAACUGCAGCAUUUGUUGUUGAACUCAUCGAGUUUGCUUAUCGUCUGAGCACUAUGGAAAGAACAGAUUCUAGAACAAGUCAUAAUAAUAAUAACAGUAGUAACAACAAAAAUCAUACCGGUAUAAACGAACCUGAUAAGGCCAACAGUAUGCAUCCAGUGAAUGAAGGAAGAAAUGAAACGUAUAUGACAUCGGUUUAAGACAAUCUCUUACUCACCGACUAUAAAAAUGAUUAGAUUUCAUUUUACUGUAUAAAUUUCUCAUGUUUCAACUUUUUUCAUUUGAAUUUCCCUCAAACAUGUACAAUGUUCAAUGUGUACAUUCAAUGUUCAGUGAAUAUUUGUAAUUGAAUCAGUCAAUGCGGAUAAAAGGCUUUGCAUUGAAUGUUUUGAAGAAAAUACCUCAUAUAGAAAUGAAUUUUCACUUGCAAUAUAUAACUUAUGAGUACUCAUUUCAUCAUUUCCUGAUAGGCAUUCCUCAGUAAACUUAUUCAUGUGAAUGUUUCUCUUUUGUGAAUAUCGUGCACUGCAUAAUAAUAAAUUACAUUCAUAUACGUCAAAAUUAUCCCGUAAAACUGGUGUU